UUUAUACUAGUGUAAAAACACGGUCGACUCUUUAAUUAACUGACGUUCCAAAAGGGAACAUCUAAUUAAUGGACAAAAAGUGAUUACACAGUAACAAGCACGAUUAAAUUCUCAUAGAAGACUCUUUAAAUGGCAGAUGGCAAUUAGCGGGUAUUCUAAUUAUCAGACAGUUUUCCGCUGCACUAAAUGAAGUAACUAUAGAAAACUUCUCUUUAAUCAGUUGAUUUUAAUGAGACUGUUGCGUAAGCAUCGCGCCUAACUACUACUUUUUGCGUCUACUAUAGUUGUCAUAAAAUUGUUUAAAUAAAAUCAACUGCUAUGUCAUUUGAUCUCGCUCUCUCUCACUAAAAUAAGCUUUUUUGACCAUGGAUUACCUAGUUCGUGACUUCUACACCUAUUGUCAAAUUAAAGUCAGAACGAAGAUUUUCCAAAUAGCGGACACCUAUUUAGCGGACAAAAGUGAUUGCAAUGAAUGUGCCUGUUAAUUAGAGAGUCGACUAGCUUUAAAUUUGCUAUAACGUAUGCUUGAAGAAAUGUAAAGAGAUUUUUGCAGGAAGAAAAUUUAACGGAAAAGAAAUUGGCGAAAGGAAAAUUUGGCAGAGAGCGAAUAAAAUUUCGGCGUAUAUUAACAUUUUGAUCAGGAAAUAUCAUUAGUAUCAAUUUCCUUUUUAAUUUCGUUUUGGGAUGCAGGACUUAAAAAUACCUUAUAAUAUAAAAUUUAAUGGUUUUUGCGGAAGUUUAAUUUUGUUGACGUCUAAGAAAGAAAAAAUUAGUGUUUCAAAAAUUUUCAAAACCGCCGUUUAUUCUUUUUGUUAAAAUUUUGUCCUUUAAAACAGUGGAUUUUCCUAACUGCUUUAUAUUUACAGACAAGCCAGUAUUUUACCUUUUAGUAAAAUGAAAGUUCUCAUUGGUGGAGGAACAGGCUUCCUCGGUCGUAAUUUACACAAAGCCUUGUUAAACCGUGGUCACACCGUCGAGAUAAUCUCUAGAACCAAACCCAAGACCGGCCGAUAUACGUGGUCGCAACUAGAAGAUGAAGGUUCGUUACCAGACUGCGACGCUUUGGUAAAUCUUUCAGGAGAAUACAUCUUGAACACAUUUCGACGUUGGAACGAAGCUUACAAACGUGAUGUAUACGAAAGUCGUGUAAAACUGAACGAACUUUUAGUAAAGUUGAUGGUUACAGGUAGUACGAAACCUAACGUAUGGGUGUCUGGUCACGCCGAGGGAUACUACCCCAGGUGUGAAACCAUGGAAUAUAAUGAAGACUUUGUUAUGAAAAAACCUCAGACAUAUGCGCAAGGUUUAUGUGAGGCGUGGGAGAAAAGUUCCAUGCUGCCAGAGCACGAAAAAAUUCGUCAUGUGCUUGUACGAACUGGUGUAGUACUUGGCAACGAUGGAGGCCUUAUUGAACAGUCGUAUUGGCCGUUUUGGCUCGCAUUGGGAGGAUCCCUGGGAUCCGGCUCGCAAAUUUUACCAUGGAUUCAUAUAAGAGACAUCACGAAUUUAUUUGUCCACGCAAUAGAAAAUAACAAUGUAAGCGGGCCUUUAAAUGGAGUGUCGCCUGGUUACUGCACGUCCGCGGAGUUUACAUCAGCUUUCGGUAAAGCUCUUAACAGACCUACCGUAUUUUCGGUACCUUCUUUCGCCAUUAAAUGGCUCGUAGGGGAAGAACGUGCGGGCUUUAUGCUGGAAGGUGUGAGAAUUAAACCCAAAAGAAGUAUCGAGUCUGGUUUCAAGUUUGAGUUUACAGAUAUUAAAAAGGCAAUGCAAGACAUAGUCGGUUAACAUCACGUGGUACUUUUAGUUGUAGAUUAACACCACGUGAUACUUGUAGGUUACCUUUAGAAGGUAUUUGGAGUUUUUUCACGUGAUAAUUGUAGUUGUAGGUUAACAUUACGUGACAUUGCAGUUUCACAUCACGUGAUACCGUUUAGUACUACGUGAUGUUAUUCCAGCUUUUUGCUGGGAAUUAUUCACCGUCGUUUAGAACGCAGGUAGACUCUUCAUAAAACCUGCGUUAUCUAAUAAAAAAUUGGUGUAUGUAUGCGAAGAGAAAAAAGUGUUUGCAGAAAAUACUUUCGGGGUUAAUUAAAGUCGCAAAAUGUAAAAAAAAAAGUGUUUUAUUUUAGUUAAUUUUAUAUAUAAUAUCUAACAUAUGUCAUGAGUUUAAAACCCAAAGUUGUACACUAUUCUUUCCACACGAGAAUAUUACGCUAUUUUCUUGUUAAAACAAAAACUCAUUCAAGUAACGACAAGACGCAUGCUGACAUAUGCUGAGGCCAACAAAAAUAACGAUGAACCAAAUACAUUGAUAUUUUCUUGGUCAGAGUGAGGUAUAGUGAAUAAAAAUAAUUUUACCAUUGAUCGUCUGUUCUUUUUAAAUGUCGCGAAAGUUUUUAGGAAUCGCUGUUCGCGUAAUAAAAAAUCUGUAUGAAUAUUCAAGAAGUACAUUUGUAAAAGUAUAUUUUUAUGAUCUAAUUUAUUCUCUACUUUAUUUGUCUCUUGUUGGUUGUAGAAGGAUGUUUUUGAAAAUAACUUUAUCCAUUA